AAAAAGAAAAACCAAAUUUCUUUUGUGCUCCUUUUUCCUGCCAGAAAAAAAUCUUCCAUUUCUCUGGCUUUCCUUUGCUUCUCCUUUCUUCAAACUGGCCACAGAGACACGAACACACAGAGAGAGAAUGGCAAUGGCGUCGUGGAGCUCAGCAAUUUAUUCAGAGAGACAGGUGAUGCUCCAAGUCCAAGUUUUCUGUAGAAAGAAAGAUAGAAACAGAGACAACUUCCACCCCUAUAAAGUUAUCGAAAUUACGCCUCCCCCCAGGAACCUUGGCAUUCGUUGCUUCCCCUCCAACUUGCAAUGUGGAGAGAGUGUCACAAUAGAAGGCCAAGCUUAUACCAUUUCUGCUGUAACUCAUCGGUACCAGCUUCGCAAGGGCAAGUAUGAACCAAGCGAGAAGAGGCUUGAUGUUUUGUCCACAGGGAGAUACAUCUUGAACUUAUAUUUAGAGAGUUUACUAGAACAAUCUUGAUGUCUACUUUCUGAAUUAAGUUCCAUUCACAUUUAAAAUGUAGGCUUCGUAUCACCUGACUACUGUACAGGGACCAACCAUAAUAUAUAUUUAAUAUAUUUAAUUAAUAUAUAUUUAAUA